CCAUCUUUUGGGUGCCCUCCUCCGUCAUGUGGUGUCCAUCUCUUCUUCACGCCUCGCUGCUCCUCUGCCUCGCCAGGCAAACCCUGCAAGGUGGGGUGAAAGCUCAUAGCAUGUCUUGGAGGAGGAUCAUGCCAGCCAGAGGUGUCGGCAUUGGAACCAAAGGCGUGAACGGUGCCCACGGAGCAAUGGGGAGCAGAUAUGUCAACAAACCGUUGAAGGCUGGAGUUGGCCAUUACGCCGUUCCCAGUCCACUUGGUGUCAUGGGCUACCAACCUCUUGGACAAGGGUUUGUACCUGGACGAUUUCCCGCCUAUGGAAACCCUGGACUCUAUGGUGGCAAUCUUGGCACGGGCUUGCCACUGGGGCACGCACCUGCAAAUGGCCACGGCUUGGGCCACGGAGGCAAUCGCGUUUAUGGCGUCAACCCUGUUACAGGAUUUGCCCCUUAUGCUGGCAUGGGCUACCCCGCCGUCCGACCAGGUGUUUCUGCGGCGGAAUUGGGACGAUUGGAGGAGGCUGCCCGUAGCCAGGCCGCUCAGGAUCCGAAGAGAGCAAAGAACCGAGCGCUUGGAGGACCAGAAGAAUCUGGAAGGUCCACCAUGGGCACAAGAAGUGGCAAUGGUUUUGGAUCUGAAGUGAUGUCAACUGGAAGUGGACUCAAAAUCCUUGACCCAAAACCAAAGAUGUCAAGUCUUGGACCAACCACAAGGGAUUCAAGUCUUGGUCAGGCGAUAGGAGGUGCUCCUGAGCCUUCAGUCCUCACUCAUGGAGAAAGACAACCACAGUCUGUGGGUAAAGACAAGCUCCAAAAAUUAGCUUCUGCGGCUUCUCCAGCACAGACCGCCAGAAACCACGGUUCUGCUCGUCCACAACGCCGGAAAAACAAAAACUGUGGAUCCCUAUAUUCGCCAAACAAUCACCGUGAGCUAUCCAGUUCUGGGAUGACACCAAGAUUAGCGCCUAAUCUUGCUCGUCAAGCUCCAACACCUGAUCAACAUCGACUUCUAUCAUCCCAAGACGCUCGCUUACAAACUCCCACAUCUAGAAUCGUUUUAUCUUCCGAACAGAAGAAUCCAGAUGUCCCAAAUCAACAAAUCAGUGGCACUUUGGGCAAGCAAGUGUCGAAUCCUCAAGUGCAGGAAAGCCAGAGAAAUAUACCUUUGUCUCCGGAAACAGGUUUCAGUCUUGCUCAAGCGAGAGUGCAAGAAGGUAAUGGUGGUGCAGGGAACUAUCUUGGAGGAAACGUGGCCCCAGGGUCUUACGGACCAGCUUUAGGACAGGGAGGAUACCUGGGAGCAGCUGGGAAACUUGGAGCUCCAGCUGCUCUUGGCCAGGGAGGAUACACAAAAGGUGUAUCAACAGGUUAUGCUAACGGUGCAGGACCAUACGGGGGUGCACUGGCAGGCAACGGCCUAGGUUAUGGAAAUGGUUACGCCAACCCGUACGGAGCUGCUCUGGGUACUGGAAGCUAUGCUGGCCAGCCUCAGGUGCCAUACGGAGGACUCAGUGCAGGAUUGGAUCCAGCUGCUGGCAAGUAUGGAGGCGCACCACCAGUAGCAGCAUCUCAGGACCCUUAUGGGGGCACUCCGCUUGCUCCUGCCCGACUUGAAGGUGAUGGCGGCUCCCUGUACCCCUCCCAGCCCAUCGGCCUCAGCGGCGACGGCAGCAAAAGCGCCAGCAAACACGGUUCCGCAUAUGGAGCUCCACAAGCAGGCUACCUUGCACAGCCACUUGGCCCAAGUCAAGAUGCGUUGGGGGCAAAAGCGUCCAAGUAUGGCGCGGGAACCGGACCUCUUGGAGUUGGAUACAGAGGUUGAUUGAAAUGGCCUGCUGGUUUACAGGUGGAUUGUUUCUGAUUCACUGAUUUGUAUUUUUUUUUUAAGUCUGUGUGUGUUAUAUUUUCGUAAUCUUUAUACGUAACAGACGUUUAAGCAUUCACUCAUUGGUCAAAGUGAAAGUGACGCUUUGAGUGGAUGAUUUACUUUAAAAUAAAUAUGGACAAAACACA